AAUUUUUUGCGCCAUUGUGUUUAGUGGGUCAAAAUCUCAACUAAUGACCGAAAAUUUUUUUUGUGCCACUUCCGGUCUGACUGGAGUUGGCUUUAGAGCUCUACUUUUACCUAGUUGGAUUUGAAUGUAAAUAAAAGCAUUGUAUGAAUUAUAAAUGAUUCAGUAUCUUAACAGCAGUGCUCGUGACAAUGCGAAUACUAACAAGAAUUUGAAAAAUCAUUCCACAUUUUUCAUUAUUAAUUUAUGGUGCAGUCAUCGAGUACGAGUAGUGACCGCGCGAAAAGAACGCUCUAUAUAUAAAUGUUUAAACAAACAGAUACAAGAUAAGUAAGAGAUAACGUUUAGAUUCUAAGAGAUUAGUAUUAAGGACGUAAUUGAUUUCGAAAAUCACCGUCAUGUCGUUGUUCGCGAGGCAAUACGAUGCUCUAUUCAUGUCCAACCAGAAGCUGAAGGAGAUAUCAAUCAUCCUGAGGAACGGAAGAACCGUUCAGAGCAAAGUAAUGAACCUGAUCUUCACCAUACUCCGCUGUAUUGUUUUACACAUCGAUACCCGUUUACACGAAUUCAAAGAUGUUUUUAGCGAUAAUAGUCUAAAGACUCUGAGGAACGAUCUAGAGGAUCUUUUGUACUUCGAUGCAAAAUUCUUCAAUUGUCUGCUCUUGGAGUUGACGUUGUACACAUUGCGGAAGGAACGCAAUUAUCUGGACAGAAAUAUCGCACUGAUCCCAAACAGAACGAUGUCCAGAAGCCGAUGGAACGAUGUGAUCAUUCGGAGGAAAGUCAAGGCCAUCGUGAAGUUCAUGAUUUUUCGAAAAACUAGAACAUGUAGGUGCUUACAUGUCGAGGAUGACGCGUUGAACUGGUCCUCCUACAAAGAUAAAAUCGGUGUUAUACUUAAUAAUCAGAUAAAUCGUAAAAAUAUAUCAAACAACAGAAUCGAGUUUGAUCAAAACAACUGCUUGAAAUAUUCGAAAGAUAAUUAUCAAAGGGGCAUAGUGGAUCGGAAUUACUUCAGAAGGAACGGUACGAACAGUUUACAAAAUCGUUCAGAAAUGGAAUACAAUUUAAAAGAUGUUUACAUCCAACGGUUUUGUAACAAGAUCUAUUGUCUAUUCCGCUGCGGAUGGAUAUGGCUUUCCUUGUAUUAUUUCACCGUGUUCUUUAUCCAAUGUUAUUCAACGCUCCAUGAACAUUAAAUAGAUUUUAGUUUAAUAUUUAUGUAGUUCGAAGUUUUAUUCGUGCAGUUAUUACGUUUAUCGAUUACAAAAUCGAUAAAUCUGUUUCGCGGGAAAAGGUAUGGGUAUAUCGUUCGACGUUUUAACCGAUUAAGAUAAAGUGAAUGAUAAAGUUUCACACGUGCAUAGAGUCACUUGUUUAAAUUACAAAGAGAAGCAUUCUAUAUAAAUUGAAUUCAUCUGGCAGUGUUUUCAAAAUUUUUUUAUAAAAUUCUUUUUUUUUCCUCUGAUAAAUAGAAUUUAAUCAAACCCCCGAUCAAUUAUUCGGAUCUUUAAGAACAAGGUUUAUGUAAUAUGAUACCUUGAAUGUUCUAAUUAUACACGUGUAUUUUUAUCAGAACGCAUAUCUUUAAUUAUGUAUAUAGAAGAUAUUUCUAUGAUUAGAAGCUCUUUACAUUGUAUAUAAAAAUAAAAAUUAUCGUUCUUAUUGAAACGUUUCAGUACCAUCAUUGUUCUUCCAUAUGCUAACACAAUAACAUUGUUGAAGAACGCUCUAUCCAUUGUACGGUUUAGAAGAAAAGAAAUAGUCUACCUCAAACAUCAAACGGUUAGCUAAAUGCGAAUGUCGAUCAAUAAACAGUAUUGAUUUUAAAUUAAAUGUAUUAUUGACGCGCAUAACGUCAAAAUAUAUAUAAAAGAUGAAAUAUAGUUUCAAGUAUACCCCGAA